CGAAGAGGUCGUCAAUUCGAUCCGCCAGUACAAUACCAAGACCAAGCGUGUGGAGUACACCCGGUUCCCCUUCGCGGAUUUCUCCAAGUUCAACCUCAACGAGAUAUCGCCUAUACUUGCCAUGAGAAACACCGGCAAGCGGAUACACGAUCGUGCAUAUUUUAAUUCUAUAAAUGUAUUAUCGGUCAAGAUAGUUUCCUCAGACAAAGGCUUCCCGCUUAAUGUAUAUGGCAAUAUUAUUCUUAGAGACAACCUCGACAAGAAGUGCAUUUAUCUCUUCUACCGCCCGACCAGAAGGGAUUCUGAGCUCAUUAAUUCAGAGGAUCAAUCAUUGAUCUUAACUGGCCCAAGUCGAGGACUUGUCCUAACGGACUAUAUUUAUAUUGAGGUCGAUCUUAAGAUGAAGCUUGGCCAAGGGAAGGAUAAACAACUUAGCAUAGGAUUGCUUGACAUUGAUGGCCGAGUGGCUCCUCGGGUGCCCACGACUGAGGUUCAGUGCUGCACCCUUGAGAGCAGCCUCGGCACCGUGGAGGUGAGAUAUGCACUAGUUAAAGAAGCAACGGAGGCUACUGUGGAAUUUCAAGUUCUCAAGGGAGAUUUCAAGGGUAAAAUCACAGCUCACACCACAAGAAUUCAUGAUAGGAUGUUGCUUCAUGAUAGCAGAGCUUGUGGUGCGGUGACCUCUUCGAUGGUAGUCGAGUUAUCGAACUGUUGCGUCGUGUCCUAG